AUGAAAGCCGCUGUGGCAGCUAUUCUGCUGCCGUUCCUGGCGCAACUCACACAUGGAGCAGCUCCGUUACAGGCGAGAGAUUUCCAUCAGAGGUUGGGGAAGCGCUUCGGAAUGAAGCACAUGGCCCUGGACGACGAGCAUCUUGACAUUGUGGGAAACAAGACCUUUGAACAGAUCCUCGACCACAGCGACCCCAGCAAGGGGACGUUCAGUCAGCGAUUCUGGUGGAAUGCCGAGUUUUACGAGGAAGAUGGCCCAAUUUUCCUCAUCAACGGGGGCGAAAUCGCGGCCGAUUACGUGAUGGGAUACUUACAGAACACUACCUUGACAGGCCACUAUGCCUAUCGGCUUAAGGGGGCCGUCAUCUUACUCGAGCACAGGUAUUGGGGCGAGUCUGUGCCCUUCGACACCUUAACGGCGGAAACACUGCAGUAUCAUACCCUGCCGAACGCCGUUGCGGAUAUGAUAAACUUCGCGCAGAAUGUGGACUGUGAGUUCUGCGAGGGCGGCAAUUUCGCCGCCUACCACGCCUCGUCCGCCGUCGUCGAAGCAAUCGAAGACUUCUGGGAGUACUUCACGCCCAUCGAAGCCGGCCUGCCGCGGAACUGCAGCGCGGACGUGAAACGCGUGAUCCGGCACAUCGACACGGUCCUAGCCUCAAAUGACACGGACGACAUCACAACGCUCAAGACCCGCUUCGGGCUGGCAGCCCUGGAGCACGACGACUUCGCCCAUCAGCUGACAUAUCCGCUCUUGGAGUGGCAGGAGGACCAGCAGCCGACGCUCGACUUCUGCAACGCGAUCGAGUCCGCCGGUGCCAACUAUACCAAGCAUACGGCCAACUCAGGCUACGGAGUCAGCUUGGUGGCCGCGCUCGACGCCUAUGCUGCCUAUGUCAAGAAGACUUCAAAAUGUGGUGAGGACAGCGCUCGCUGCAACACGCACAACCCCGCGCUGGUGUGGAAUACGCCCGAUGAGAAGGUGAAUAGGCCGUGGGAAUGGAUGAUCUGCAAUGAAUCCUUUGGCUGGAACCAAGUCGGCCCGCCCGAAUCCGACGGCACCAACAUCGUCAGCUCCUUCCUGCGCCCAGAUUAUUUCGAGCGCCGCUGCCCGCUCGAGUUCCCGGAGACGGCGGGCGUCAAGACGGGCGAGGCCCUGGGCUUCACACCGGAGCACCUCAACCUGUUCACAGGGGGUUGGGACGCGCCCUACGAGAAGGUCAUAUUCGUCAACGGCCGCGUCGACCCCUGGCGCAGCGCCACCGUGGCCAGCGACACGCGGCCUGGCGGCCCCAUCAUUGCCGGGACCGGUGCUGCGGCGCCGACUUUCGUGGUGGAGGACGGCGAUCACUGCCCGGAGCUGGAGAUCGACGAGGGCGAUCCGUCUACUUGGCCCAUUGUCCAGGAGAGUGUCAAGAUUAUGGGUGGGUGGUUGGCGGAGUGGACGCCGGCUGGGAAGGCGGGGAGGAGGCGACGGGGGUAG